AUGGUUGAACCCAAAUCCAUCAAGGAAGCAUUGGAGCAUGCUGACUGGAUUACAACCAUGCAGGAAGAAUUGGCUGAAUUUGACCGAAAUGAAGUGUGGACUCUCGUACCUCCUCCUCAGAAUCAUCCCAUUGUCAGUAGAAUAUGGGCAAGACUAGUGGCCAAAGGAUUUACUCAUAUUGAAGGCCUUGACUACGAUGACACCUUUGCUCCGGUUGCACGUCUUGAAGCUAUCAUAAUCUUUCUUGCUUAUGCUGGUCAAAAAGGCUUCAAAGUUUUCCAAAUGGAUGUUAAGAGUGCAUUUCUUAACGGUGAACUUGACACUGAAGUGUAA